CUAAGCAUAUGCAGUGAGCUGGAAGCCAAGCAGCUUCUGUUGGCUCAGGCUAUGAGUGAUGCAGAUAGGGUUUUAGCACAUCUGGGGCUUAACGAAAGGCAAAGACUGCAGCAGCUCAUCUCAGAAACUCAAGCAGAGGUAGAGUCCUUGAGCGUCAAAGUUGCUCAACGAAGGAAACACCUGAGCAAAGCCUUUACAGAGAGAACCCAGUUCCUUUUGGCUGUGAAUCAAGCUAUCACCUGGGUCCAGCAAAAUGAAAAGAAAGCACAAGCAGAGGAGUACAUAGCCCUUCUUCCUGAUGACCUAUCUAAGCAGUUGAGGACUUGCAGGAAUAUUCAGAGCAGCUUGAGAGCCUACCAGAGUGAGCUGACCUCCCUGUGGUCCCAAGGCAGGGAUCUGAUGAAAGACUCUGCCGAAGAAGAGAAAUCAGAGAUGCUAAACAAACUCCAAGAGCUGCAGAAUAUCUUCGAAGUUUCCCUACAGAAGUGUAGCCAGAGGCUACAGGAGCUGGAAAAAGUGUUGGUGACCAGGAAGUACUUCAAGGCAGAUCUCGAAAAGAUAUGCCAGUGGUUGAAGCAAGCCGAUAUUGUGACCUUCCCAGAGAUAAACCUCAUGAAUGGAGAUGCAGAAUUAAGUUCGCAGCUUACAAAAUACCAACAAAUAUUGGAUCAAGCCAUGGAAUAUGAGAACCUCCUGCUAACUGUGCAAAGAACAGGUCAAGAAAUACUUCCCACUCUG